GGGCGUUGAACAUACUCCCGAUUCUGUUGAAAAUCUUAAGGAAUUCUUUCAGGCAACCUUAACAAAUGGGGUGGAAUCACUCUCUCAUUUUCUACUCCGUGAAUUUGAGAGACUUCUCGUCUCUACUUUGGAUAACCUUGACAGUUUGAGAUUGAAAGCCACUAUUGAAGGGAAAUCUUCUAGGACACAGAAGAAUUCGGAGCAUGUUGAUAAGAAUGAGAAAGGAGGGUAUUACAAUGCUUUAAGUGAUCUUGCGGUUUCUGAUUGGGACUAUGCAAAUACAGGUUUCACUGGCAAUGAUGAGUUCGAAAAGGCUUUUGGAGAAUCAUGCUCUACUCUUUCAGAAAAUGAGAAGAGGGUUCCUAUUUCGACGGUGAGUGAUCUUUGGGACUAUGAUGCAAAUGAGGUUAUUUGUCAAAAAGCAUUGCUUGUUACACGAGAAAAUUGUUUACCCACUCAAAACUUGAAUACUCAAAAGAGAAUGUACAAAAAGAAGAAUCAGAGAUCACAUCUUAUGAGGACAAGAUCUCAAGCACGAGCGGGUCUUUGAAGACUAUUCUGAGGGUUGUGGUUUUUUACACCGGGUUUUUAAGGAGGGUUUUUUUUCUUACUCUGGGUUGGGCAUCUCUCUUAUUUGUUCGUUUUUAUUUACUUUAUUUUCUUUUCUUAGCUUUAUUUUCUUUUCUUAGCUUUAUUGUACUCUCGAGA